GGAGUGAGGGAGAAAUAUAGCAGAUGGAUGUUUCAUGUUUGGGAAUGCUAGUGGAAACUGUUAAAUAAAGUGCACCGGGUAAAAUGGGUCAGCAAUCAAGCAAGAUAAAUGUUAAUUCGCAUAGAAGUCUUGCUAAUGAUGAAGAAAAAGCACUUCUGUCUUAUUUUAAGACUAUUUGUAAAGGAAAGAAACAUGCAAAUAGAGAAGACUUUAAGUCAGCAUGGAGUGAAGGUGUAGACGCACAUCUCUCGCAAAUACUUCUGAAUUAUUUGUUUGAAGAUAAUUCAGAUGUAAAUUUUGAAAAGUUUUUAGAGCCUCUUCUGUAUGUAACAAGAGGGAGUGAAGAUGAGAAAAUAACUGCUGUUUAUAAAAUGCUUUCAGCAGGAAGCAAAGAAAUUAAACUGUCAGCAAUACAUGAGUACGUGGAACACAUUUUUACAUCAUAUAUGGAAACAUAUAGAAGCAAGAAAACAAGAAACUUUGAAUCUUGGAAAGUGGGCCAGAACAUAAUUAUACAGUCAGAUCAGCUCCAGGCACUAGUGAAACAUCUGUGCAAAGAUUUGCCUGUGUGCAGUGAGGUCUCUCUUUCAGAUUUGACUACUUGGGUGACAUCAUGGAAUUUGUUGUUCACUAUUCUGCAGAAAGUAGUUUUUAAUAAGAUAUACAAUAUUCUAGACGAAGAUACAAUGGAAAGGUACAACACAAUUCCAUUUUGGAACAGGAUCAUAAGUGAUAAGUCCCCAUCAGUACUGACGUGGCCAAGCAUUGUCUUCUUGAAUGCUGGACUUCCUUCCAAGCUUCAGAGUGAGUGGAGGCUACUGUUCUCGACUGUCGCGCAUGGUGAAAGUUUCUCAAAACUUAUUGGCUGCAUAAUGAACAAGGGACCUACAAUUGUCAUUGUCAGAGAUAGAGAUGGGCAUGUUUUCGGAGGUUUUGCACCCAGCAGUUGGACCCUAAGCCCAAAUUAUGUUGGUGAUGAUAGCAGUUUCUUGUUCAGUAUAUUGCCAGUGAUGGAGAGGUUUGAGCCUACGGGCUACAAUGAUCAUUAUCAGUACCUUAAUGUCCAGCAACAGACUUUGCCAAAUGGUCUAUUUUCCAGUGAGCAGAAGACUCCCAGAUUCUCUACAACUAAUUUAGAAGGAACAGAGGGAAUGGGUGGACAACAUAAUUAUUUUGGAUUUUGGCUUGAUGCUGAAUUUGGAAGUGGUCACUGUAGUGAAACAUGCACAACUUACAGAAAUUAUCAUAUGCUCUCUGCUCAAAAAUGCUUUCAAAUAGAGCACGUAGAAGCCUGGGGAGUAGGCCCAGAACCAGAAGUGGAAGAAGAGUCCAAAGGGCGAAGUGUUCUAGACACACAAACAGAAGCUCGUGCAGUUAUGGAAAUGGCAGGAAAAGUACAGUACAGUGAUGGUUAUCGUGAGCCUGAAGAAGACUAAGGCAGAAACUGGUUUAAUAUUUAUUGUAUUUAUACCCUGAAACCAUAGUUACCAUUAUUGUCAGUUAACUUUCAUAUGAAAUGUGAUUCUAUUGUGAUGAAGGAAUGGAACAAUUUUAGUAUUUUUAUUAUUACUAUCAUCAUCUGCCAUAAAGGAACAAAUGCAGCAUCAGUGACACAUUUCAGCUAUUCAAAGUGUUUCUUCUUAACAUGAUAGUUAUAUAAGCUAGCUGAAUAGUACUACAAAAAUGUUGGGAAGAAAAGGAAUAAUCACACCAAAUCAUGGUGUAAGAGAAGAAUUUUGGACUUUAAAGUAAUUAUGCUGUUCCAUCCUACCAACAGUUGCGUCUUGGCUUCUACUGCUAGUUAAUGCUUGUCUGCUAUGUUGUUAUGUCAAGGUAACAGCUUACUGUUUGCGUGUAUGCGUUUUGCUGCUGCGUACCCUCUUAUUUGAGAAGUAGGUAAGUCGUAUAUCUUCUGUUUCAUCUAGUCUUCAUAUUCAUUUUUUAAUUUUAUAGUUAGCUCUCAUGGUUUCAUUCCAUCAUCAUUAUAGACUGACAAAUACCUUUUCUAUGAAAAGCUUUAGAAACAAGUAAAAUAGUUAUUUUUAAAAUCUGAGUGAUUCAGAUUUCGUAUCUUUUUUUCACAAGUUAAUUGCAUUUAUACCUCGUAAUGGUUUCUCACAUUCAGUGUAUGGAAAAGCAUGAAUCUGGAAGAUAAGUGCACAAAUGAUGGCAAACAUAAUCUUGUAAUUUUAUACAAAUUUUUAGACGGUUUCAGAGUUUGGUGCUGUAAUUGGUGGCUAAUGUAAUUGGGUUAGAGUUAGUUUUUUAUUAGUAAAAAAUUGUAUUUUUGAAGUAUUAACAACUGUCAAUAUUUAUACUUAAAAAAACUUUCUUAAAAAAUAAAGAAAAGCUAUUUAUUUA